AUGGCUUUGCCUAUCUUUUGUCUCUCGAGAGUCACCAGCCUAAGCUUGGUGACCGUCGUUAUUGCCUGUAUCCUGGCUUACAUCCCUAGCCUUAUCAACUCCACCGGGCUCGCGUCUUUUCUCCCCGAAUUUGAUCUGCCUCCCCGCCUCUCGUCCUUCCCGUUCGUUCAUACCACACCAGCCACUGCAGAGAGUACCGCUUAUGUCUGCAAGCCUGCAACAUAUCGCACGCAAAUCGUGUCCCUUGAUCCACUUCUGAUCUACAUCCAUUCUUUCUUGCGCCCUUCCGAGAUCGAAUCCUUGCUUAAUACUGCUGACGGGCUGUUCAAGCCUUCUACAGUAACCAAGCAGGGCCGGAAGGUGGGUUCUUCGGAACGGACGUCCAGCACCGCAGGCCUGCCUCUUGAAGAUCCCGUUGUACACUGCGUACUGGGUCGGGCAGCCGAUUUCAUGGGGACAGUCAUGCGAGAUGGCGUAGACGAGAUGGGCCCCCCUCAGCUCGUCCGUUAUGUUGCUGGCCAGAAGUUUGACAUGCAUCACGACUGGUACCCACAGCCGCAGUGGGCAUAUGACGGGUCGCCGAGACAGUUUAACCGCGUGGCGAGCUUCUUCGCCAUCCUGCAGGAUAACUGCACCGAUGGAGAGACGUAUUUCCCCCACGUCGGCCCACCAGCACAGGAACAGGACAGUGUAGUCGGCGCCCGAGCCGACGGGCCAAGAGCUUGGAGCCAGAGCGACCCGAUCUGGAGGCAUCAUGAGAGCGGUGGCUUGGCUUUCAGACCCAUCAUGGGUAACGCGCUGUUCUGGAUCAACCUCCGCAGUGAUGGCACUGGUCAUGAGAAGACGGUGCAUGCCGGCCUCCCGGUCGGGAAUGGCCUAAAGACUGCCAUGAAUAUUUGGCCGCGGCAGUUCUAUGCGGUCAAUUAG